CAGCUCGCCCUUUCCUGCCUUUGUACCUUGUAGCAUGAUGCCACAAGUGCGCGAGAUCUUAUUUUACCCAACGACGGGCGAGAUCGACUUCUUCUCCUUGCCCAUCUCUUCAAGACAUGUAUUCAUCUAGAACCCCUUCUGUGUCCCGGGCCCGUCAUCUCUUCUUAUAUCGUCAUUCUUUCCCACUCCACUCUUAGAGAACGAACUCGGUUUCUGAUCAAAGGACCGUAGAAAGUCUCAAGCCAUCCUUCCCCACAGCUUCAGCUCGGAUAAGUCGGGGGCAUUUUUCCCAUUCCAUCUACAGUAAGAAGGUCUCGGCUAUUUUGCUCGCCUCCUACAUCAUCGAUCAUCCCAUCAUCGACCAUGGAGAUUUAUUCUCCCCUCCGUCGAACACCCACCAACACCUCGGAAAACGACACUGACGAUAACGCCGCUCUCACUGCCGUCUACUCGACCAGUUCGUCGACUACAUCUACCACUCGUCCUCCCCAGAAGCUAACUGGCCGGACCCCUUCAACCCACUCCUUGUUGGCAGCUCACAAGAAUCCCGAUGUCCGCAAAGGCGCCCAUGCUGAAACGACCAGGGCCUCCGCCGGCCGCUCGAGCAUAAGUAUGCCACCUCCGAACACCAAGCCUAGCGCGGAUAGACGUCUAUCGGCCUCGUUUUCUUCAAUCCGCUCUGUGAGGAAGUCCGAGGAAGGCGCCAGGAGCCCGCCAUCUUCUAUCAAAAGCAUCGAGGUGGAUAGAUCACCUUACAGCAGCUCCCCUACAGCCCAGAACUCAACAACAACAGCCCACGAUCCCACGGUGGUGACAACCAUAUCUACUUCCAUUGCUCCAGGUCUGCCUGUGCUUUCGCCUCCUGCCUUCAAUCCAAGCAUUCCUAAUCAUUCGGAUCUAGUGUCAAAUUUGUCAUCUCAAGUUUCAUCUCCCACCACAUAUGCUCCUAAAAGCGACAUGUCUUUGCCUUCUGCUACUGCCGCCCAAUCCUCGGGAAUCACUGGAAAGUCGGAUGGUGCAGAGACUGCAUUCCCUGCGCGCCCGCCUCGAAUAUCUCAGCCUCGUUCAUCUUCCGGUCGCCGCUUGAGUACCACUGGAUCUUCCAAGAAUGAGAGCAUUAACUCGGAGAAUAAAACACCUGUGGGCAGGAUUGGCGUUUGUGCUCUUGAUGUCAAGGCCCGAAGUCGACCAAGUCGCCAGAUCUUGACCCGCCUUCAGGGAGAAGGAGAAUUCGAGGUCAUUGUUUUUGGCGAUAAAGCCAUUCUCGAUGAAGACGUCGAGAACUGGCCCAUAUGCGACUAUCUCAUCUCAUUUUUCUCGGAUGGUUUUCCUCUCGACAAGGCCAUUGCAUAUGUCAAGCUGCGGAAACCGUUUGUUGUAAAUGACUUGGCCAUGCAAAAGGUCCUAUGGGACAGACGUUUGUGUCUCAAAAUCCUGGACCAAAUGCAGAUCCCUACUCCCAAGAGGAUAGAAGUCAAUCGCGAUGGUGGCCCAAGACUGGAGUCGUCGGAGCUUGCCCAGCAUGUGAAAACUAUGUCCGGUGUGGUUCUGGAAGGUCCAGAGGAUGGUACCGGAGGCGGCACCCCAACUACAAAAUCCGUUGAGCUGAUGGAUGACGGAGACACUCUGGUUGUUGAUGGGAAACCAUUCAAGAAACCCUUUGUCGAGAAGCCUGUCAAUGGAGAAGACCACAAUGUCAUCAUCUAUUUCCCCAAGAGCCAAGGCGGUGGCGCUCGACGACUCUUCCGCAAGAUCGGCAAUAAAUCUUCCGAGUAUGAUCCUGACCUGUCUGUUCCAAGGUGCAUCACAGAACCGAACAGCAGUUAUAUCUACGAGCAAUUCUUGAAGACCGAGAAUGCGGAGGACGUCAAAGCCUACACUGUUGGCCCGCAUUAUUGCCAUGCUGAGACGAGAAAGUCGCCAGUCGUAGAUGGUUUGGUCCGACGCAAUACACACGGCAAAGAGCUGAGAUAUGUCACCAAGCUUAGCGAGGCAGAGAAGGAGAUGGCUGCCAAGGUGUCGCGGGCUUUUGGGCAGCGCAUCUGCGGGUUUGACCUGCUACGGACAGGCGCAGCGAGCUACAUCAUCGAUGUCAACGGGUGGAGCUUUGUCAAAGACAACGAGGACUAUUACAACGACUGCGCAAAAAUACUGAGAAAUAUCUUCCUCGCUGAGAAGUGGAAGCGGGAAAAUGCCUUUGGGGAAGAGGUGCAGGGCGAGAACGGAGGUGAUGGUCCUCCGAGUCGCCAAGGUACAAGCCAUUCAGCUCGGUCGGCCCUCAAGACAAUCCUCAAGUCCCCGAGCAUGUCGAAAUUGUCUCAACAUCUGCCGCAUUCCUCGAGACACCAUCAUCCCAGCCUUGCUGGCUCUCCCAAGACUUCCUCCCUGACCACGCCGAUGAGUUCACCGCCAAGCAUAGAAAAGAGCACUCACGCCUUAAUUGCUCCGACCGUAGCUGAGAAAGACAGCACUCUUCCGUCUCCCCUUCUUGCGCCCCCAGAUGCUGCCGAUGUUGCGACGGGUGCUGCGGCGCCUGCUAAGGAAGAAGGGCCGGCAGCUCCUAUGCCAAGUUCUAAGCAUUCAUGGAAGCUCAAAGGCGUUGUCUCGGUCAUCAGGCAUGCCGACCGCACUCCAAAGCAAAAGCUCAAAUUCACAGCUCACUCGCAAGUGUUUGCCGAUCUGCUCAAGGGCCAUCACGAAGAGGUGCUUCUGAAAGGCGAGGCAGCAUUGGCAAGCGUGCAGGCGGCCAUCAAGGUUGCGCUGAGAGACAAGCUUGAGGAUCCAGACAAGCUACGCAACUUGCAGAACGCAUUGUCGAAGAAAAUACAUCAGCCGGGUACCAAGGUUCAAAUCAAGCCAAUGUUUCGCAAGAGGAAGCCGGAAGAGAUGCCUCCAACGUCGGAUGCGUUGACCAGUACAGACGCUCUUUCGACCAUAGAAUCUGACCAGCAACUGCUCGAAGCGGUCGGCAACGACGAGAGGAAGGGGUCUGUGUCUAGCACCAAGGAAAUGCGCCGAGUACAGACAAGGAGCGAUUCCAUAUCCGGUGCCACGUUCUCGCGUUUCUCGGCCGCGGAAAAUGAUCUCGUUCUGGACAAGCUACAAUUGGUCAUGAAAUGGGGAGGGGAACCUACGCAUUCGGCUAGAUACCAGGCACAGGAUCUCGGUACCAAUAUGAGGGACGACUUCAAAUUACUAAACAAGGAAGUGCUCGACGAUGUCCGGAUCUUCACGAGCUCUGAGAAGCGUGUCAAGACAAGUGCACAAAUAUGGGCUGCGGCUUUCCUCGAUCGGCAGGAUCUGCCUGAAGAUUUCAUUCAGGUCAGAAAAGAUCUCCUGGACGAUUCCAAUGCAGCCAAGGAUGUCAUGGACAAGGUCAAGAAGAAGCUUAAGCAUCUCCUUCGCGAAGGAACUGUCCCGGACUCGUUUGCUUGGCCAAAAGACGUCGCAGAGCCAUAUAUGGUCAUGCAAACUGUGGUCGACCUGCUCAAGUUUCAUCGACGGGUCAUGCGAUACAACUUCAAAAAGCUUUCGACCGGCGCUGUGGCUUCCCUCAGUGCACUCAGCGGUUCUGGAGAUGGCAAAGACGGAAAUGGGCAGAACAAAGAAACCAUCAGCGUCGCCUCUAUUCAGUCCCGAUGGUGCACCGGCGAAGACGCUGAACUUUUCAGAGAAAGGUGGGAGAAGCUAUUCUCGGAAUUUUGCGACACCGAAAAGGCAGAUCCAAGUAAGAUCUCCGAGCUGUACGACACGAUGAAAUACGACGCCCUCCAUAACAAGCAAUUUCUCGAGUGGGUAUUCACUCCCAGCCAAUCACUGUUGGAUGAAAUGGCCAAAGACGAGGGCUUGUCGUCGAAUGCAUCUUCUGAGACUGAGAGACCAGAUGAGAUUCCACCACCAACCAAUGGCACCCGCCACGAGAGCGCUGUCUCGUUUACUGGCGGGACAUCUGAGGGCAGACAUAGCCUUGUCCAGAAGAUUGGAUUGAGGAGACAGUCAGUCCUCCGACAACCCCUACCAGCUCCUCCUCUGAUGUCGUGGGAGCAAGGUGCCUCAUAUUUCAAGUUGUUCAGUGGGUCUGGCGAUGGCCGGCUGAAGCAAGAUCAAAAGCUCGGGCGGCUGAGAGAGCUGUACCGAUACAGCAAGAUCUUGUUCGAUUACAUUGGCCCGCAGGAAUACGGUAUCAGCGAUGAGGAGAAACUCGAGAUCGGCCUCUUGACAUCACUGCCCUUACUUCGCGAGAUCGUCGAUGAUCUAGAAGAACUACAGGCUUCUGGCGAUGCGAAGUCAUUCAUCUAUUUCACCAAGGAAUCACAUAUAUACACUCUACUCAACUGCAUCAUGGAAGGCGGCAUUCACACCAAAAUCAAACGCUCCACAAUCCCGGAACUUGACUACCUCUCCCAAAUCUGCUUUGAACUAUAUGAAGCCAAAGACGCGGAGACCGCGGAGUCGACGUACUCGAUCCGCAUCUCCAUCUCCCCUGGUUGCCACACAAUCGAUCCCCUGGACGUUUCCUUGGAUUCUAAGCAUGCGAUUGGAAGCGCUCCGCGGCGGUCACUGACGAAUCACCAGGAUUGGAAAGAGGUGAUUUCCACCUUGAAAGCGAAGUUCAAUACAGUGCAACUACCCAAGAGCUUUUUAGCAGUCAAUGUGAGUGAGAAGCAUGAAGAGGAGGCACAACGGCGGGCCAGUCUAUUGCAGAGCGAAGAGGCGAAGGAGAAGCAUGGACGGAAAGAAGGAGAUGACGGUGCUUCGGCGAAAGACAUGGACGGCGAGGAUGGGGAGAUAUUGGAAAAUGCGAACGCACAGGGGAAAGAACUAUCUUUGCAGUCCAAGCCCGGAGAGCGACAAACAGUCCCGGUACAAUUCUUGACGUCGGAGGACAAGACUGAUGCAGAUGCACUUCCUGGGAAGGAGGAAGAGGCGUUUGAGCGAGCGACUUAGACAUUGCGGACUACAGGACAGCCAACUUCAACAGCGACGGCCAGAGACAUUGGAACACGGUACAACUCCGCCUUCAUCAGGGUCACUAACAGGAACUCCCAUGAUGGACAGGCACAGAUGGGUGUGGCAUUAUCCCGGUCAGUUGAUGUCACGACCCCAAGAGACCAAGAACAUGAGAAUAGACGGUAGACCUAGAGAAAUCGCACCAGAUUUGAUUGUUGGAUCAACAUCGACAGCAUCGAGGGCUUAGUGGAAACGUGGGUUAUGCAUCAGAGCAUUCUCAAUAACAUAUACCUGGUCGUAGGCUGGGUCAGGACUGGUUCUGUAUGCAACUCGUAAAUCUGAAAUCUUG